AUGGCUUCGUCCAGAAACUUGUUGUCUUCGAGUGACCCUAACUCUUAUGGCGGUGACGACGCUUUUGAUACUUACAUUGAUAUGGAUUUCUUGAGAAAUGACAAUAUGGAGGAGGACAUUGAUAUUGGAAACAUGUCUACCUCGGAUCUUUUUCGUUAUUACUUGGAAGGCGAGCUAGCCAAGGACGCAACGAACCUUGACUCCGAGACCUAUACAACGUCUAUGCAGAAUGUAGAAGACUUUUCUCUAGUAACAAGUCCUGCUUCUGUUUCUGAAGAGCCUAAACCGAACAAUAUAGACGUGGUUGAAGAAACCAAUGUUCUUUCCCAAUCCACUAAUGUUUCGACUGCGGUUGGUCCAUCCUUGGCAAUGCUAAAUGCGCAGCUGGCAGAAUUAUUGGCAAAACUUCCCAUUAUCAAAAGAGAAACAAUCGCAGACAACAAAGUUACUAUGUUGUCUGGCUCUUCAACACCGGAAAAUUCAACAUUUCCUACUUUGAAUACUGCAUCAAAGCCAUCAACCGCUCCAAAUAAUAGUACAGAGGGCGACCAGAAACAUAUUGAUGAUAACUCUCAAAUUGAUUUGAAAAAGUUGUCAUCUAAGGAGCGGCGGCAACUGCGUAAUAAAAUUUCGGCAAGGAAUUUUCGUGUUCGCAGAAAAGAGUACAUUCAAAGCCUAGAAUCCACGAAAGAGCAACAGCAGGAGGAAAUAAAUUUGCUCAGACAAGCAUUGUUGCAUUUGCAAGAAGAAAACAAUAAGUUACAACAAGAAGUGGAAGAAUUGCGUAAACUGAAGCAGCAAAAUAGUAAAGCUUUUGUUAACCCACCUCCAUCUCCACCUCACAAUUCCUCUUUAACGACAAAGGAUAUUAACGGCCAUGCGUUUUCCAAAAACGGAAAUGCCCAACGGUCAAAUUCAGUUAAAGCACCUCAAAAUCACCAGCCAUCUUCCCCCGAUUCUCGUUAUUUAAUUCCUAACCUAAAUAAAGACACUUCACCUUCUUCUUCUUCUGCAGGAAAAAAAGCAUGGCAAGAUUCUCGUGUUAGAGUACAGACAACAUUUAUUCCUGAAUUUAAUCUUGACAAACAUCUAUUUGAGGGAAAAUCCGACCUUCCUUACUAUAGUUUAUGGAAUAAUAUUACUAAUGAGCAGCCUGUUAGAUGGGAUCUCUUCGAUAUUGGAUCAAAUAAGACUAGUCAAAAAGCUUUAUUUGCGUGUAUGUUGCUUUCCACUAUAAUGCAACGAAUUACUGCUUUGUUUAUCGAAGCAGUUUGUGCCACACCACAUCACUUGAUGAUUCCAGCUUUGUUCCCAAAGGCUGUUUCUACGCCCCAAAUUUCAAUUGAAAGUUUUCAAUCUCAGGAGAUUGCCGAAAAGAAAGAAAGCGAAUCAGAUGAAAUCCAUAAUCGAUCACCUGACUCCUUAUCAGCGAGCAAUAAAGAUUAUUCUCCUCGUACAGUUGAUGUCGAAGAGCCUUUAUUAGAUAACACCAGCAUGGUAGAAUCCAUAAAAGAUGCGUCUGUUCUGGAUUGGCUUUAUGAUUCCAUGGUAAAACAUGUUGUUGAACAAAGUCAAAUGGAAGCUAGGAUGAUGGAACUAAGUGAUUGGGUCGGCGAAGAAUUGGAUGAUAAUGUUUUACCAUAUUUAUUUUAG